CCCAUACUUAUAUACUUGAGAUUUAGUUAUUUUAUAAUAAGUGUAUAACUUACGCUCCCUUCUCACGUCGAGUUCUAAAUAUUUGAAUUUGCAGGCACAGCGUUGAUAAAAAAUACAGAAUGUCUACAGUCUCUAACGCUGUUAUAGACGACACAAAGGAUUAUUUAGCGAGGCUGCGUACCCAAACUGGAAAGCCUCUGCGUGAUGCCAUCUUAGAGGAAUAUAAGGACCGUCGGCAAGAAAACCACAAGUCGACUGAGUUUCUGAAAAAUUUGAAAUGCUUCCUUCCCAUAGAGACUAUGGACAAUGGCUGGCAUGUUUACCACUAUAACGAACAAACAAGGCCUAUAGUGAAGUUGUAUGAGUCGGGUCCACCAGCUGAAGGAUAUGUAGCUGUGUCCUGGCCGUGGAAGCCAGCUAAGGGCGAGAACGACAGCAAGGGUGCAUACCGGCUUCAAGAAACGAAUGCCCUGGUCGAGGUGCGCAACAUUGUCCUUGAUCGGAUAAUCCAAUUCAUUCGAUAUAAGCGAAGACGUCGUGAUAUGAUUCCUUUCUGGAUUGACAAGCUAUCAAUCACCCAAGAAGAACCCUCUCGGCAAGAGGGGAUGCAAUCUAUGGACCUCGUUUACAAGCAAUGCAAAUUCGCCGUUGGCCAUCUCUGGGUGGAGAUUGAAACACAAGUCGAAAUGAAUCACCUGGCAAAUCUCCUUAGUGGUCAACUUGUCAAUAGCAAGUGCGAUGAGCCGUUCUUGCAAAAAGAAAUCAAUGAUCAGACGGCGGACGAAGUCUUAGACCUACUAGUUCGGAUUACAGACGACCAGUGGUGGAAUAGAGCUUGGAUAUAUCAAGAAGACUACCUGGCUGGGGAGAAAAUGUGGCUUCUCAUUCGCCACGCGCGUGGACUUGACAAAUCAUGCGCGAGAGAAGUGCUUGGAGAUCUCUCAGGCGAGGUGGCAAUCAAGUCAACAAUAUUCAAGCACUGUGCUACUCUUUUCUGCCUAGCUUUGCCUCAGACGGAUCAAAACAGAAGUCGCAAGUGCGAGAAAGUUAUCUCAAAAGCUGGCAAAUACAACAUACUCUGCAAAUACAGAGGUCGUAGGAGCAAUAUCUCAAAAGCUAUGACACUUGACAUUUUUAGAGACCUUGACAAGCGCGAAAUUAAGGUCCGCUCGGAUCUUCUCGCAAUUGCCGCGAAUGUCUGUGGUUAUAGCACUCGAAUCCCGACUAUAAAGGGCAAAACUUUCAAUUCGAGUUUAAGCUUAAGCCUCCUUACGCUUUAUAUCGCAAAUGGCGAAAUACUCAAGAACAAUUGCAAGGAGGCGACGCCUUUCGAGAAUGUAUUCAAGUUCCUUGAGACGCAUGCAAUAGAUAUAAAUGCUCCCUUGCGGGAUGGAGUACCGACAUUCACCAAACAUUGCCGACUCUCAGUUAGCAGCCUUUCGGAAGCUGGCAUUCAUACGAAAGGAAUCCUCUGGAAACUAUCGGAUCUAAUUCGGCCAGGUCGUCUACAAAACCGUUGCUCCUCCGAAGACUCCAAGGGCAAGAUUGUACGCCAAAGGGAUGUGUUUCAAGGUCGCCUUAACGACUACCAGCGGGGUCGUUUGUUUGAUCUCGUCACAGUGCUCAAGCAGCGAAAAAAUCGACGUUAUAAGCGCCUAAGAGACGAUCUUAUAUUUUAUUUAAAACAUCAUAAUCCAUCAACUUCGCGCGACGAUUGGCCAUCAACUUUUGUGAUGGAUAUAAUGGCCACUUCCAUAGUCGAUGCAAUGGAUGACGGAAAAUAUCUUCAACUCGCUCGCCCUGUCGGAGGUUUUCCUACAACAGGGCGAGGCAUACCUUACGGUGCAAUGUUUGCUAGGGAUCGUAGUGAGUUGCAAUGUCCAGGACCAACAUAUAUCUUUACCUCAUGGGCUCGGACAAAGAAGCAGAGUGAAGACACGAUGCAAUGUAAAACUCUUGCUAAAUACGUGUCCGUAGAAGUUGGUGUUGACGUAUGCGACAAACUAGUAAGCCUAAGAACUAAGAAGUGGAUCAACGGUUUAUGCCUUUUUCGGGGACAGAAGAAGUACCCUUUUAUCUUUCCUUGGCCGGAAUCGCUAUCUCUAUAACUCCCUUUAAUGGAUGCGUUGUAUUUACAGCUUGCUUUUUCCUUAGUCUGAGACUCUAACGGAACUGGGCCUUUCAACGUUGCUGUGCUUCUCGAAGAGAGCACGGCAACGUCGAAAGGCCUCUGCUAAGUUUAAGGGGACGAGAAGCGAACGGGCCAUUUUCUAUACAAAUUUAUAUUUUUCAUCUUGUGCUCCAGUUUUGGCCCUAUUCCGGGACUUAACGCUCCGGGUGUGAGAAAUAGAAAAGGGGACAUUUCUAAACCCUUCG